AUGGACGGUCAGCCACCGAGCGGUCCUGCGAGCCAGGCGCUGGUGACGAAAGGGAAGCGGACGUCUUCCAUGACCUUGACGGGCGUUCGCGUCUCCCUGGACGACGUCGGCGCGUAUACCUCGCCCAGCUCUGGCGGCGACAGUCCCGUCGGCACCAGCAACAUUGGCUCUGGCCCGGGCGGCCGGUCGAUCCUGACAACCAGCGGCAACUCGCUGCCAAUGCUGGCCACCCACAACGCGUCCAGUCCCGGCAGUGUCGCUGGCCCGUCGCCGUCCUCCGGCUCGUCGUCGCUUCCCGGCAGUGCAGCAUCGUCGUCCUCAGCGGGUGCGUCUGGCAACACUGGCUCUGGCUCGCCGCUCUUCCGCAGUGUCUCCAACGUCCACUCUCCGCUGUCGAGCCCCCGAGAAAAAUCAUCAGGAUCGGAGGACUCGCCGCGUCCGCGUCUGCGCACGGAGGACUCGAUUCGCCGCACACACUCUGGCGACAAGUUUACACGACCGGAAAAGAAGCACCGCACGUUUGGCGUCGAUCUGGCCAAGGUGCUCAAGCGCGAAAACUCGAAAAUCCCGUUCAUCCUGGAGCUGCUCGUCAACCACGUCAACGCCCAGAUCUCCAAGGAUGGCAUGACGGCGCCGUACUGGCUAAAGCUCUUCCUGGCAUCGACGAACGCAGUGUCCUUUGUGGAUGGGUUUGAAGACAAUCCCAAGGAAAUGACAGAGUUCCUGACCACCGUCGUGGGCUUGAGGGAUGCCCUGGAAAAGCAGACCAGCAGCACCGCAGCUCUGCCCGAGGACACGCCGCCUCACCAGGUGCUCGCGCUGAUUCAGCUCUACCUCACACAGCUGCCGCGCCCCGUCUUUGGCGGCCUCAUGAAGUCGGCAAUCGAGCUGGGCGCCGUCACGGACUUUUUCCUCGAUCCGCCAGACUCGACAUCAGGCGGAGGCGCGCUUGGCGGGCCUGGGCAGUGGCAGCACGAGCUUCCAGCUCGGAUGGAUCCGCCGCUCUCACCGCGCGGCCUUCAUGCCCCACUUUCGACGCAGCAGGGACUAAGCCCGCGGGGGCGUCGGCGUAAAGGUGACCGAG